AAUCGCAUAGUUCGCAGAUAAACUCGUCUCUGAUUGGAUAAUGACGUGAGGAGCGGGAGACACUCACCUGCGGCUGACGUCAAUAACGAGCGAGCCAGAGCAGCGCUUGCUAGAAAGAAAACAGAGGCACAGCAGAAGUCUUCGGAACAGUGUCUUUUAAACGUUUUUAUCUACAAUUUUAAGAAGUUUUUAGAGGGUCUGCUGCUGUUCAAUUGGAAAAUUAAAAGUUUGCACGGUACUGUGAAAUCACAAGAAGUGAGUUUGUGGCUGAUCCGAAUGUCUGUGGUCCUCUACGCACUCCAGAGAUGUAUGACGCAGCUGUUGCUGAUCUCCAGGCUGAAAACAUCCAAGGCGUCAGAGGGAUAAAGGUGCCAUUUUGUCUUCAGUGCAAAUAUGACUGACUCAGAGCGAACCUUCCUAGAUGGCGCCAUCAUGGAAGUCCUACCACAACUUCAAGCAGUAAACAAAAACAUCCUGGAAGAGCACUUGCAGUCCAUUGGAGUCGAGACGUAUGAUCUACGCUUCGUAACGGAGGCUGAUUUGAUGACAGCAUUAAGACCUGUAGAAGCCAGAAAGCUUCUUUCUGCUUGGAAACAGAAAUACCACACUCCCGAGAAGAGUUCACUAUCAUCUAUGGAAGCCUCACCUACCCAAUCGCUGCCAUCGCUCUCUGUUUCACCCCAAAGUUCAUCGUCAAGCUCCUCCAGCAGUCCAGGACUUGACACACAGUGGGACAUCAACUUUGAAAUUCCAUGGAGUAAAUUUCCUGAGGAAGUGAUGCAGGCUUUAGAGAGGGGAAAAAGGCCUGGCCCAAAACUAACGAGGCAAAUGGUCUGGAUUGUUGUGACUGAGAUGAUGCAAAAAUGCCCUCAUGUAGGUAAAAAGCAUUCAACUGACGUUGCAACAAAAAUGGUGGCAAAAUAUCCCAGUUCUCUCCAAGAUGUAAUAGAGGGUGAUAUUGUUGGAACAGGCUACCAUUCCCUUGUCAAACAGUUGCAAAACAGAAUUGAAAAUGUGAGGCGCACUUCAACACCCAAAAUAAGAAAAAGAAAACAUCAGACCGAUGACUCGGACCAAACAGACGAGAUCCCAUUAGAAGACAGAGCAGCAAUGCAGGACACUUAUGGAUGCAUUAAAUGGAAUGUAAAAUUUCUGCCCCUUGAAGAAACUCAAGAGAGCCAGCAGCAAAAGAUGGAAAAACUCAAGGUGAUGUUCCAACACUCUGAUGCCAAUCCAGAGGAGGUAAAAUGUUUAAUGAAGUCCACAUUUUACACACAGCGUCAACAUGUCAACCAGGGAAAAAGUAUCAAAUGCCUUAGAGAGGAGUGGCCGUUUUGGUUUGAUGAACUUGGCAUGUCAGUCCACUUUAUGGAACUCACUGGGAUUGACCUCAAAGAGACAUUCACACGAAAUUUGGAUUUGAAAGGAAAAAGGCUACAUGACCACAGUUUGUGUCAACAAGAGCAAGAAAUUCCUUCAGAAUUAUGCAAGGCUUCAGAGGAUCUGGGGACUGCAGAGUGGCUGUUCAGAUAAUGUGAUAGAGAUGAUCCUGCUUCUGCUCAGCUACUUUGAUGAGAAGGAGGAGUCCAUGUUCUUCCAUGUAGAAGAUACAUGUCUGGCAGAAGAGGUCCAACUGGAGCAAGUGCUUCUGACACCCGUUGUUAUUGUCUGUGGUAAGUCUGUUUCAUAUCUCUUUUUUUUAAUUGCACUGUUUAUAGAAUUUGUCAUGUGAGUGCAGCACUUAAAUAAUUUGUUCAUAGGACAGUCCUGCUAUUCCUCCACAAGGUACACUAUAUUACCAAAAGUAUUCUGUCACCUGCCUUGACUCACAUAUGAACUUAAGUGCCAUCCCAUUCCUAACCCAUAGGGUUCAAUAUGAUGUCGGUCCACCUUUUGCAGCUAUUACAGCUUCAACUCUUCUGGGAAGGCUGUCCACAAGGUUGAGGAGUGUGUUUAUAGGAAUUUUUGACCAUUCUUCCAAAAGCGCAUUGGUGAGGUCACACACUGAUGUUGGUCGAGAAGGCCUGGCUCUCAGUCUCCGCUCUAAUUCAUCCCAAAGGUGUUCUAUCGGGUUCAGGUCAGGACUCUGUGCAGGCCAGUCAAGUUCAUCCACACCAGACUCUGUCAUCCAUGUCUUUAUGGACCUUGCUUUGUGCACUGGUGCACAGUCAUGUUGGAAGAGGAAGGGGCCCGCUCCAAACUGUUCCCACAAGGUUGGGAGCAUGGAAUUGUCCAUAAUGUUUUGGUAUCCUGAAGCAUUCAAAGUUCCUUUCACUGGAACUAAGGGGCCAAGCCCAACUCCUGAAAGACAACCCCACACCAUAAUUCCUCCUCCACCAAAUUUCACACUCGGCACAAUGCAGUCCGAAAUGUACCGUUCUCCUGGCAACCUCCAAACCCAGACUCGUCCAUCAGAUUGCCAGAUGGAAAAGCGUGAUUCAUCACUCCAGAGAACGCGUCUCCACUGCUCUAGAGUCCAGUGACGGCGUGCUUUACACCACUGCAUCCGACGCUUUGCAUUGCACUUGGUGAUGUGUGGCUUGGAUGCAGCUGCUCGGCCAUGGAAACCCAUUCCAUGAAGCUCUCUGCGUACUGUACUUGGGCUAAUCUGAAGGUCACAUGAAGUUUGGAGCUCUGUAGCAAUUGACUGUGAAGAAAGUCGACGACCUCUUUGCACUAUGCGCUUCAGCAUCCGCUGACCCCUCUCCGUCAGUUUACGUGGCCUACCACUUCGUGGCUGAGUUGCUGCUGUUCCCAAACUCUUCCAUUUUGUUAUGAUAAAGCUGACAGUUGACUGUGGAAUAUUUAGGAGCAAAGAAAUUUCACGACUGGAUUUGUUGCACAGGUGGCAUCCUAUGACAGUUCCACGCUGGAAUUCACUGAGCUCCUGAGAGCGGCCCAUUCUUUCACAAAUGUUUGUAAAAACAGUCUGCAUGCCUAAGUGCUUGAUUUUAUACACCUGUGGCCAGGCCAAGUGAUUGGGACACCUGAUUCUGAUCAUUUGGAUGGGUGACCGAAUACUUUUGGUAAUAUAGUGUACAUGCUGAGUCUGGAUCGGAACCUUAUCAACACAAACAUCUCCUCCUUCAUUUCUGCAUUGUGCCUCAUGUUCGAGGCACAGCUGGCUUGCUUCAUGAGCUGGCUUCAACUCUGGAGUUUCUUCAAAGGUGUUUUUUCUCAAUAAACCCAGAAAAAGGAACCAAAGUAGAGAAUAAAAACUCCAAUCGUCGUCUCAACGUGAACCCUCGAGUCCUCACCCUGAUACAGGAACUCUCCGAUCACGAGUGGCGUUAAGCCUAAAUAUGGACUCUUUCUGUGGACUCUGACUCUUUGUUUGAAAAGAGGUACUGUUAGUUUUCGCUCUAAAUCCACAAUGUGUAUUAUGUUUAUUAAGGCACUAUAUAAUUUUUUUUUAAAGUCUUAAAGAUGCACUAACUUUUUCUGGUAGCGAGUCCGCCACCUGCUUGUUUCAUUAAGAUGUUCUUUCUUUGCGGGAAUGUUUCACAAUAUGGUAUAAAACUUAUCUAUCUUGCAUUUAUUCAAUUAGAACUGUUUUUAUUGCAAAAAAUACCUUAACAAACGUGAGGGGGCUCGCCUGUAGAUCUGACCUGUACCUUGGCCUUUUGGCAUCACCUGAUUGGCUCCAUGGAGAUAGAUUAGUUUUAUGCCAUACUGUGGAACAUUCCAGACAGGGAGAGUGUGGGUUGUUGUUGUGUGCCUGGCACAUAAACUUUGUUUCAAACUUUGAAAACUUUGUUUGAAUAAAAAUUCAUCCAGUUGUUUACAGCUAUUGACGAUGGCUGUUAAAUAAAUUUCUCAAGUUAUAUUUUGCUUCUUGUCUUUUCUCAAGAUGUGUUUUUGAGAUU